AUGUCCAGGUGUGGCCGGGAUGCCUCGUGGCUCCGAGGCAUCAGGCACAGCUCACACUUAUCAACGAUCUACGCGCUGUCAACACAUAUGUCCAGGGCAGCCAUUGGUGUGAUCCGAGUCUCUGGCCCACAGUCGUUGUACGUGCUGAGCCAGUUGACACGGGCCAGGUCGCCUCCAAGGCCACGGUACGCCGCCGUGAAGAAGCUGUACUCUCCGCAGUCUCAGCAGCUACUGGACGAAGCGUUGGUGCUGUUCUUUGAGAACCCCAAGUCGUAUACAGCGGAAGAUCUGGUUGAGCUCCACGUCCAUGGCGGGACCGCUGUGAUCCAAGCUGUGCUAAAGGCCAUUGGAGCCUUACAUACCGCCGAGUCUCCCAUAAGGUAUGCUGAGGCUGGUGAAUUCUCCAGAAGAGCCUUUUCCAACGGCAGGUUUGAUCUCACAGAGAUUGAAGGGAUUCGAGAGUUGAUCGACGCAGAGACGGAAAGCGCUAGAGUAGCAGCGGUUAACAGUGCCACAGGCUCAAACAAGCUGUUGUUUCACGAAUGGAGAGAACGACUCGUCAACGAUGUUGGGAUGCUCACAGCUAUCAUCGACUUCGCAGAGGACACGGAGAUUGAAGACAUUGAGAAGAUUUACUCCAAGGUGAACGAAGACAUCACAAAGCUCGAAUCAGAGAUCGAGACGUACCUAGCACGAGGCGAGAGAUCAGAGCUAUUGCUGAAAGGUAUAAAGGUGAUCCUAUUGGGUCCUCCAAACGCAGGUAAGAGCUCAAUAUUGAACAAGUUGGCAAGGACAGAGGCUGCUAUUGUGAGUGAUAUUGCAGGAACAACAAGGGACGUGAUCAACGUUCCCUUGAACAUUAAGGGCUACAAGGUUGUUGUUGGAGAUACCGCUGGUAUAAGAGACACCUCAAAGGCCGACAAGAUCGAAGCAGAGGGGAUCAAGAGGGCGAAGGACUUGUCCGAAAAGGGUGAUCUGGUUCUCGUUAUAUUACCCGUGGAUGAUUUGGAACUUGAUGCUGAACUCAAGCAACACAUUGAUGAGCUCAGAUCGAACAAAGAUGUUGUUGUUGUUUUGAACAAGUGUGAUUUGCUUCAGGAGCCUGAGUCUGAGCUGAUUAAAAGAUUGUCAAGUGAAUUGAAGCUCGAUCCUGAGUCGUUUAUCGCAGUGUCUUGCCUUACAGAACUAGGGCUGGAAGAGCUAAGCGAGUCUUUGGUUCAAAAGUUCAAACAGAUAUCUUUGACCGAGAACAACGACCCUAUCGUCGUCACCAGCCGUGUUCGUGAUAUCUUACUAUACGACGUUCUAUUUGGAAUGAGCGAGUUCAAAAAGUUUAAAGAUCUAGACGACGUUGUCAUUGCCACUGAUAGUCUACAACAGUCCAUUGAAGGUAUUGGCAAGAUCACCGGCGAAACAGUUGGGGUUGAGGAGGUCCUAGGUGUUGUGUUUUCAAACUUCUGUGUUGGUAAGUGA